GUUGUUUAUAUUUUCAACAAAUAUAGUAAAGCAUUAUAAUGGCAAACCCACAAUUAACGAGAGAAAAACUGGACGCCUUGCGCUCAGAAUAUAAGCCGCGUAGGUCGCUGCUGAAAUAUCCGAGACCGAAAACAAAACCGGAGUACCAGUUCAUCUAUCCAUGGCUAUUGCCCGACGAAACAGAUCCCCACUUUGUAUUUUGUAUACUUUGCGAAUGUCGUCUUAGCGCCAAGCGUUCCGAUUUGGGCAAGCAUGAAGGCAGUAUUAAGCAUUCCGAGAAUGCACAGCGUAAAGCACUGCCGCCCAAAGAAGUAGAGUCCACGAUAGAGCCGGAUGCCGUGGUAAAAUGGGAAUACACUGAUGAUGAGGAUGGUCCGCUACCGACCAAAUCGGAUGAUCGACUUGAUGAUGUUGAAGACGAGGAGGAGGAAGAUGAUGGCGAAAACGAUGCUGAGGCAGAGUACGAGCCACAUUGUAAGCGUCGUGUGUCUGAAACAGAUUCACAAAAUUCUGGUGGGCUUGACUAUCUACCACUGCAAGUAACCAUAAACGAGUCGCCAAAUGCGCAGUCACUGCAGCCUGUCCAAUUGUUAUCACAAUAUGCGCCACCGACAUCGCUGGCUCCAGCAGGCGCAGCAGCAGCGAAUAACCCAUGCAGGAUUACUAUUAAAAAAGUAAUGUCAAUGCCUGUACCUAAAAUGGGUCCCACAGCGACGACCAUGCCAACAUCAAGUAAACCUGCACAGUCGCAGGAAAUAACAUCUAAGGCGACCAUAACGCCCAUUGCUGCCGGUAACUAUGCGCCGAUUCAAAGAGCAGUCCCUCCAUCGCAACAAAUACACCAAUCGCACACGCAGGACCAUCCACAGCAGUUGUAUUCACCAUAUCAGCCGCUGAGUCAAAAUUCCAUUGGAGCCGUUGGUCGUGACUCAUUUGAUCUCUUCUUUGACAGCAUCUGCGCGACGGUUAAAGCGCUGCCCCCAAAGCUGGCCACUGAGGGCAAAAUACGUGUAAUGCAAUUAAUAGGCGAGCUGGAACUGCGCGCUAUCAACGAACGCGAAGCACAGCCAGCCCAACUCUCUGGCAACACGAUCCCCACUGCUACUGCAGGUAUUCCCACAGCGACUGCAGCAGAUGUAGCCGGCAGCGUUAACGCGAGUCAGCAAAACGCUACAGUAGCAUCAACCACCAAGUGACCGCGAUUGCAGACAAACAGCAGAAAAAGUAAUCGCAACCAAGCUUUCAUUCGCACAUCCAAGUAGUUCAAGAUAUGCCGCUGAACAUACAUACAUACAUACGUAUGUGUAGUUUAUUGACAUUGCAUAUAUACACAUACAUACAUAUACAUAUGUAUAGUAUUAGACGUCGUUUAGUUUGUAUCGCCCUUAGCGCGAUAUUGCGUUUUGUGUGCU